UAUUUGUAUCAUCUUUAAUGAUCCAAGAGUAUGAAAAACAAUCUCCUCCUAAAUUUUAAACUCAAGUCCUUCUCUUCCUAUCAUUUUUAUUAUUAUUUAUUAUUUAUAUAAAGUUUUUUAAUGCAAGAUUACCCUUUUUUAGUACUGUUCUCUGAUCCAAGCACAGAAUUGCCACUUCAACUAACAUUCGUACAAUGAUGCAGAUGAAACACACUCAUCGGGGAAUAUAUUUUCUUACUCUUAAGUUAGAAAAAACAAAUAUUCUUACUCUGGGAGCGAAGUAUUGCUGUAAAAUAUUCCUUACAGCCCUUUUGGAUAGCUACAUUUUAAUAUUUUUUAAUUUCUAGAUGAGAUUCAAAUGAUCCACGGAACCACUGACCUACAAUGUAUAUGUAAGACAAAGGAGAUUCUGUUUACUGAAAAUUAAUGCAAUCCAAAAGCAGAUAUUGGGGUGUAUUAGUAAGAUCGUGUGAUGUUUUUUUAACUCUCCUUGCAUUCAUAAAAGGUGUUGCAAUCCAAAAAAUGGACCUCAUGAUCUGCUAAUCUCGUCUUAGAAUUUUUCUUCUUGUUCUGUUUGAUGUUUUACAAUUGCUUAUGUGCUUUUUCCAGUCCUUGCCCUGUAACUAUUUCCAAUAUAAAGUUGCUGUUUAGGAGGUAGCAUCAUAGGUAUCAACAUGAUUUAACAGUGCUUGUGUGCUUUGUGGGUGCCCUUAUCUUGGGAUUAAUUCCAAGACGCAGAUGUUGUUUUAAAAGAUUGCUGCACUUUAUCCAUUUUAAGGAUUAAUAUCCUCAUCCCUGAGUUGUAUAGUUGUCCAAUAAGCACAGUGUAAUUGUGGAAGGAUGGAGAAGGAAUUGGCACAAGAAAAACUGAUGGAAGAAGGCAAGGGACCUAAAGAUGGCAAGCAGAUAACCACACAGAAAGAAGAAGUAGCAGAACAAGAUGGUGGGCAGUCUGUGCAGAAGAAGGCCAAACGAGUGGUUACGUUGGAUGUUUUCAGAGGCCUUACUAUUGUGAUAAUGAUUCUAGUGGACGAUGCAGGAGAUGCAUACGCGCGUAUAACCCAUGCUCCUUGGAAUGGCUGCAAUUUAGCAGACUUUGUCAUGCCCUUUUUCCUCUUCAUUGUAGGAGUUGCUAUAGCCCUUGCUCUCAAGAAAAUACCUGACCCAGGAGCUGCAGUAAAGAAGGUUAUUGUGAGAACUUUGAAACUUCUCUUUUGGGGAAUAGUAUUGCAGGGAGGAUAUUCUCAUGCUCCUGACGAUCUUUCAUAUGGAGUAGAUAUGAAACAAAUUCGUUGGUGUGGUAUUCUUCAGCGCAUAGCAUUGGCUUAUUUGGUGGUGGCUCUCAUCGAAAUAGCAACAACAAAAGCAAGACCUGUAGAUCUACCAACUGGACAUUUUUCUAUAUUCAAAUACUACAGCUGGCAAUGGCUUGCCGGUCUAUGUGUUUUCAUAGUCUAUUUUGCCACACUUUAUGGACUUUAUGUUCCUGAUUGGCACUAUACAUUACAUGAUGAAGAUUCUCCUCACAAUGGGAAGUUGUUUACAGUGAAAUGUGGUGUAAGAGGCCAUUUGGGUCCUGCUUGCAAUGCUGUAGGUUAUGUUGACAGGCAAGUUUGGGGCAUAAAUCAUUUGUAUAGGCGACCAGCCUGGAGAAGAUCUAAGGCUUGUACAGCUAGUUCGCCAGCAUCAGGACCCCUUCGUGAGGAUGCCCCAGAGUGGUGCCUUGCACCUUUCGAACCAGAAGGAAUUUUGAGUUCUAUAUCGGCCAUUUUGAGUGCAGUUAUUGGCAUCCAUUAUGGACAUGUGCUGAUUCAUUUCAAGGAACAUGCUACGAGGCUGAAGCAUUGGCUCUCAAUGGGAUUUGCGCUGUUAAUUUUUGGGAUUAUCCUUCAUUUUACAGAUGCCAUUCCUUUUAAUAAACAAUUAUACAGUUUCAGCUAUGUCUGCCUCACAGCAGGGGUAGGAGGAAUCGUCUUCUCAGCUUUCUAUAUUUUGGUUGAUAUUUGGGGAUUCAGAAUACCGUUUCUAUUUCUGGAAUGGAUGGGGAUGAAUUCCAUGCUCAUUUAUGUUCUUGCAGCAGAAGGCAUAUUCCCGGCCUUUAUAAAUGGAUGGUAUUACGAAGGCACUAAUAAUACUCUUGUGUACUGGAUCAAGAAGCACAUAUUUUUCAAUGUAUGGCAUUCGGAGAGAUUGGGCUUGCUUCUUUAUGUUAUAUUUGCAGAAAUUUUGUUUUGGGGUAUUGUGGCAGGCAUCUGUCACAAACUAGGGAUUUACUGGAAGCUCUGAAUUAUGUUUCUUGUACUCUGUUUUAGGUCUGUAUAAUUUGUAUAUGUCCUUGAGAUUCUACCAUGUUCAUAUUUUCCAAUUUCAUCAUCUUCCGUAAUUCUAUGAAUUUCUCCAUUGUAUUGAAAAUAUUCAUUCUGAAAACUUGAACCCCCCUGGUUCCAACAUUGCCACAUGUGGUAAUGCUAACUUGGUGAAGUUAGCCUUGAAGCUGUUCUCUAUUUUAUGUACCACCUACCUGGUUUGAUCUUCCUCAAAAACUUACAAAAUGAUAAUGGUGCAAUGAAAACCAUUUUUUGGGUGAGGGCAAGAAAAUCAAUUCAUGUCCAA